CCAGGAUCCUGGUGGAAGGGGCUGACAUGUUUUUCAUCUAAACCGGUGACAAAGUGGCGAGCAGUGCCCCCCCGGAGCAGCGGAGAUCACAGCCAGCGCAGAGAGCGUCGCGGAGACAGGAGCAGGAGGAGAGCCGAGCAGCGCGCAGCCUGCAGCAGUUGGAGCCACAGCAACACAUCGGGGCGGGGGACCGAGCGACCAGCGGCGUUUUUUAACCCUGCGAACAGGGCGCAUUGUCUGUCGCUCUCCAGUGCGCUGAACUUCUUACCAGACCUGCUUAUAUCAGCUGAGAUGGCCGUCACCUCUUCCUCUCUGCUGUUGAUAUGCGUAUACCUGGCAGCUGUUGGCAGGGCUCGCUCAGAGGGGGUCUGCCUCCAAGACGGCAAGCACAAGGCCACGCCCAGUCCAGAGCCACACCUGUCUGAGUGCGGCCUGUACGCCGACAACAGCUGCUGCACAGAAGAAGGCAUCCAGGAUAUUGCCUAUAUUCCUUCUGACAGCAAUAAGAAUGAACCCUGGGACAAGUGUGGCCCUCUGAGCCCCGAGUGCGAAGGCUUCCUGAAGCGCGUUUCGUGCUUUUACCGCUGCUCCCCUGACGCCUCCCGCUGGCCUCACCCUCACCGCCGCUCGUACAUCCAGGCGGUGCCGCUCUGCCACAGCUUCUGCCGGGACUGGUUCGAUGCCUGUAGGAUGGACAUGACUUGUGCUCGUAACUGGGCCAGAGACCCCAGGGGCCAGAACUGCACAGGAACCUGUGUUCAGUAUCAGCAGAUGUAUCAGCAUGGCAGGGAUCUCUGCGAGAGCCUGUGGGGUGACGCUUUCAUGACGGUGGAGGACGACCAUCAGGAAGUGGGAGAGACCGGAGAGGCUGGAUCGGAGGGUCGCCCCUGUGGCUGCCUGAGCCUCAGUCCCUCGGACAAGGAUGUGAUCGCCGCCCUCCGUGCCCAGCAAGAUGACCCGGAGGAGCUGGACACCACCAAGACCGGCUUGCCCCAGUACCGGGCUCCCUGCAAGGCCAAGAUGCCGAUGCCGGCCAAGAGCGGCAGGAGGGCAAACUCCGUCCUCCGCAAGCGCUCGGUCGAGAUAGAAGACGUGGAGGGGAGUGGGAGCGGCUUGUAGAUCGUGUUCAGUGGCUGUCUAGGAAAAGGCGUCUCUCUAGUUUCCGAUGCAUAAAGCUUAACUCUCACAAUAAAAGGCAUAACCUUAUUUCUCUAAUUAAACUUACCACACUUACACACACAUAGAUAUGUAAAGGCAAAGCUCAAUCCUACUGCAAAGGCUUUGACAUCAAGAUUUUUGGACAAUCCAGUAAAAUGGCAACAUGCCUUGUUCUGCAUGUGGUAAAAACCUGCAGAACAUUUGUAUGAAUCCAAUGUCAUCAUCAGGCUAUGUCCCUUAUGAAAGUAUUGAAAACAUGAUUUAGCUGCGUAUAAACCUCUGUUCUACUCUUUUCAGACAUCUAGCUGACUCUAGGCUGUUCAUUACUUACUUCUUUAAAUGCAGAUGUUACUGUUGUGCGGCAAUUCUGUCCAGUCAUAAAGUAGUAGAGACAGUCACUCAGUGUAGACAUACUUAUGAAUGUAAUCUCAUUUUUUAUUUUAAUUUUUUUGACAGGAAACUGGCCUAGAUGUGGGCAGAUAGUUGGGAUGUGUUUGAUACCAGAGAGGAGAUUACAUAUUUUGAUGUAAAAUCUGCCAAGCAGCGGAAAUGCGCUGAGGCAGUAUUCAUACUACACAAGAAAGCUCUGAUUAUUUCCUCACUAAUGUUCUUUGGGUGUGUCUUUUAUAAUUAUGUGUAGAGUAAAAUAUUGUUAGAUGUAAAUGUUUUGUAAAAAAAAAAAAAGGAAAUCUGGUCUGUUUGACGUACGGUGAGCUUGUCGAAAUUGGUGUUUUUGUGAUUUUCUUUACGUCCUUAAUAAAGACAUUCGUUCUAAACA